CAGCUUUUAGUUUGAAUCCAUCAUAGCAGGAAGAUUUGGGGUUUCUGAUUUAGUAAAUCGCUCAUUCAUGCUUUUAUCUUGAAGGCACGCAGGGCGCGAGGCGCUCUCCUGAAGCAAAGCUGCUCAGUGACGCAGCACAGGUGUCUUUGAGGUGCGUGCAUGGAGGAAGAGCGAGCUGCAGGUUUUCCAGCAGAAGGUGCGAACACCUCGGCCAGCGUGGGCCUCCGUGUGGAAGCGGACGGUCCCAUAGAGCGACGAGGAAACGGCCGGAAGGAGAGCGUUUCCGCCCGGCGGCUGACCGCAGCGCUGCGCUCACGGUGUUUAUCAUGCCACAGCAUUAACUUUGUCGAGCACAAACAGAGGCCGGUGCUGCAGGGAGUCAAACUGAGGUCAGAGAGUCGCUGCUGCCAGCAGAUGGAGGCUCCUCCACGACCGUGCAGCGAUGCCUGAACACCAGCCGUCCUGACGGGCAUAAAGCCAGCAGAGACGGAGGCGCUGCCACCAAACAGAGAACGAGGGUCCACGAGAGCGUUGAUGAUGGCUGCCCUGAGGACGUCUGUGGCCUUUCUGCUUCACCUGGCCUCCUCUGUGGCGGCUCCAGUGCCGUGUGAGGAGAGGGUGAGCCGCCUGGAAGCGGAGAUUCAGGGCUUGAUGAACGUGAUCAGUGAGCAGCACCGUUACAUCCUGGAGCUCCACAACAGCCAAGUGCAGCAGCUGCAGCAGAUACCCAACUCGUACCUGGGCCUCGAUAACCUCUACAGAGACUGCUCCGAGGUGUUUGAUGAUGGAAACGUGGCCAGUGGGCUGUACGUGAUUCGGCCGGACGGCGCUCCCACCUCGCUGAGCGUCUAUUGCGACAUGAACAACGGAGCGGGGUGGACCGUCUUCCAGAGGAGGAGAGAUGGCAAAGAAAGCUUUGACAGAGCGUGGGUGGAGUACAAGCACGGAUUUGGAGACCUCUUCUCUCCUGAUGGAGAGUUCUGGUUGGGAAAUGAACCCCUGCACCAUCUGACAUCACAAGGAACCUACGACCUGCGCAUCAACAUGGAGGACUUUGAGGGGAAUCAGCGUUACGCGGAGUACAAGAACUUCAAGGUGGACGACGAACAGGAUCAGUACCAGUUACAUCUGGGCGAGUUUACGGGGAACGCGGGCGACGCUCUGACCGACGCCCACGGGCCGGGGCCGGGCGGUCCGUGUGCAGACGGGCUCAAGUUCAGCACUUACGACCAGCCGAACUGCAUCGAAGCAGACGUUGAGUGCAUCAGACACAGCAAGUCGGGCUGGUGGUUCAGCAGGUGUAACUCAGGUAACCUGAACGGUCAUUACUACGACGGGCCGUUCAAAGCCAUGACGGACGACGGCGUGGUGUGGUACACGUGGCACGGGUGGACCUACUCAGUCAAAUCUGUCGUCAUGAUGGUACGAGCUUCUGACCUCGAGCAGCCGCCGGCGGACAUUUACCUGUCAGAAGGUCACCUGGACCCCAGCAGAGCAGAGGGUCGAGGCGGCCUGUGAAGCUGAGGUUACUUUAAUCCUGGAAAAUAAAUCAGCGCUCCUUCA